CAUUUUGUUUGGCAAACAAACCCACUUACACUUGACCUACUACGGAUGACGAAUUCAUCUAUUUUUAGUAAAAUAUGAGUGUGUCUUGUUGGGUCAAAGGUUGCUGCAAUCGAGCAGAUUAUUCAGUACGACGAGGUUUCUAUUCAAUUCCAACUGUCAGAGAAAAUAAAGGCGAUUUCACGAAAACUUUGAGCGCAGAUCGGCGCCGACUGUGGCUGGCAAAUAUCAACCGGAAAGAUGCGCCGACAAAAUACUCGAAAAGCUGCUCCGAUUCACUUCAUAAACGGCAAACCAUCUUGUAUGUAUGAAAGAUCCAAUCCUGAUUGGGCCCCAACACUUCUUCUUGGAGAAAACAUGACACCAAGUAAAUCUUUGAAGAAAGAGAAGAAGAUAGAAACUAACAAAAAAUGAGUUUAUUUACAGGUCCUACUGGCCUCUUCACGAGGUUACUGUAGCCCGACCUGUUUUAUCCGCAUUUUAUACGGGUCGUACACAUCUAAGGGAGAUAACACUUCCGGGAAAAUUAAAAAUGGCGACCAAGAGCAAGGAAGAACUAAGUGAGAAAAUGCGAACACCCGAAAAGCCGAGACGACACUAUAGAAGAAGGAGGUCUCCAGAUUCUAGCGAUAACAGUGAAGAAGAGAGCAAGCCUGUUGUGAAAGUGAGACAUUAUAAGCAUGACAAAGGCGUUGAUCGCGAGUCUGAAGAGUGGAAAACUCAAGCGAGCAUUACUCAACGUCGCCUGUUUUCAGAGGAGCAGUGCGAAAUCAUUGAGAAGAAAAUAGAAGAAGUGGUCGUGAAGGCUAGCAGAGGCGACUAUAAGGAUCACACCGUUGAUCGAGCUCCGCUUAGGAGCAAGUAUUUCUUUGGCGAAGGCUACACAUAUGGGUCACAACUGGAAAAGAAGGGUCCAGGAAUGGAGAAAUUAUAUCCCAAGGGUGAAGUGGAUGACAUUCCACAGUGGAUCUUUGAUCUGGUAGUAAAACCCAUAGUUAAAGAAGGACUGGUUCCAGAGGGCUUUAUUAACAGUGCUGUUAUCAAUGACUACUUACCGGGAGGCUGUAUUGUGUCACAUAUUGAUCCUCCCCAUAUUUUUGAAAGGCCUAUUGUUUCUGUUUCUUUCUUUAGUGACUGUGCAUUGUCCUUUGGUUGUAGAUUCUCUUUUAGGCCGAUUAGGACAACAAAGCCUGUAUUUGUGCUGCCUAUUGACAGAGGAUGUGUCACAUUACUGAGUGGUUACUCUGCUGAUGAAAUAACACAUUGCAUUAGACCACAAGAUGUUGUUAGUCGACGUGCAGUGAUCAUCCUUCGCAAGGUGUGUGACGACGCCCCUCGGUUGGACCCUGUCCUGAGCCAUAAAAUACUGCCAGCUUUUGAGGCAAGGAAGCGGGCCCGACCCAGGUCACCAUCUCCAACACACUCAGACAGUUCUUGCGAGAGAGACAGACACAGUCACAGGUCCAGCAGGAAGAAGUUGCGCCAUUCGUACCCAACGAUGGGUAACCAUGACGUCAGGUAUGAAAAUGGACAUGGGGAUCACAGGCAAUCCAGGACAUCCAGCUCAACAACAAGACAUCGCUCUUACUCUCCCAAACAAAAAAGACAAGAAAAAGAAAGAUCAAAAUGAGCUUGCUGUCUAAUGAAGAAGAUGGUCGUGAUUAUUGCAUAAUUAUUACGUACAUUUUUUAGCUCCCAACUAUUCCUCUAAUAAUUGGAGCUAUACUACUCAUGCAAAUGUUUCACGUACAGUUGGCCUUUGCAUAAUGGCCUGGAAUAAGUUAUAAGUGCAAAUCACAAUAUCAGGGCAUUUUUUCCCCGGGUCCUGUGGUGCCUGAAGUCUGGCUUUGACAUUCCCUGUGGGCCUUAAUAAAGGGUAGUGCUGAUACUGCACGUAGAAUUCCUGUGUGAUGCACGUACAUUUUAUCAAUAAGCAACUAUUACAACUACAGCUGAGUAACAAUACUGCUGUGAGAGCAUAUCUCUUGCGUUAGAAUGGUCCUUUUCACUGUUGAAACUAGAACACCCACUUUAAUCUGAGUACAAAUGAUAAAACUUAAAAAGCCAUCUUCUUUUUGCCAAAAAAUCUUGACAAUUUACAUCAAGACCUGACCUGCAAUCAAUCACUGUGUAGCAUCGCAGCGUUGGUUUUGUCACAUGGUAAAAUGAAUAUAAGCUGAGAUGCUCAGUUAACUGUCACUAUAAAAUAAUUUAUAUGAAUGACCAAACAUCACAACAGGCAUGCUUCCAUUCACAACAUUACUCGUGCAUCAAUUUGUAUUAACGACCGUAAAAGAAAGGAUGCCAUUUACAACAAACAACUUAAUUAGUUUGGUCAUUUUUGAACAUAAAAAUAUUGAAUAUUAAUUUUGUGCACCUAUGUAUAAGGUUACAACCAAUGUUUUUAAAAAAUUGAUACUUUCAAGCUACCCUAUUUGACUUGUCUGUUUAUGUGAUUUUGUUUUUCAGGAAUAAUGUUGUAUUUAACUUUCGAAAACUAUUCAUUUAUGAAUGACACUCUGUUUUAUAAGCAUACCAAAUUUCCAUCUAAGUGAAACAUUUUUGUCCAAUUUUAAUAAUGUUUACAAUGUCAUAUACCUUAACUAUUUCAAUCCAGCAUUCGUGUAUAUAAAUUUGAUAACGUCCUUUUUAUUUUAACAUUGUUCAUGAAAGCUCAUGGUAAUUAUUCCCCUACCGGUUUCAUCGGAGGGGACUUAUGGUUUGCGCUCAGUCUGUCUGUCAGUCAGUCUGUCACACUUUUUUGCAUCCCGUGAUAACUUUAAAAGUUCUUUAUAUUUUUUCAUGAAACAUGGAACAUGGAUAGAUGUCAAUAUGGACAUUAUGCACGUCAUUUCAUUUCGUUCCUUCAUCAAAAAUUCUGGUUGCUAUGGCAACAAAUAGACUAGAAAUACUGCUGAAAAUGGUGGUUUUCUGGAUCCUGUGAUAACUUUUAAAGUUCUUAAUAUAUUUUCAUGAAAUUUGAAACAUGGAUAGAUGGCAAUAUGGACAUUAUGCACGUCAUUUCAUUUUGUUCCUUUGUCAAAAAUUCUGGUUGCUAUGGCAACAAAUAUAUACAAAAUAUUCUGAAAAUGGUGGAAUUUCUGACAAUGGUGGAGCCGGUAGGGGAAUUUAUAUUGUUUGACAAUAGUCUUGUUUAAAAUAGUUUUAAAAUUAUUCACUUUAUGUAUAAUAUCUAGCAGAAGAAUAGAGGAGCAUGCUGUGUAGGAACAGCUUGUGUGUGGUCAUAAAAAGGCUGUGCUCAUGUCAUGUCAAGAAAAAUGUUAUUAUUUAAAUGUUCAUUGAGCUUCUGUUUUUGUUUGCUUAGUUUUUAGCUCGGCUGUUUUCAGAGAAAACCCGAGGUAUUGUCAUAGCCUGCUGAAUGGUCCGCAAAUAGUUACAUGUAUACACAUGGGUUAACUGUCAUUUUUUGGAAGCAGAUGAUUGUAAAAUUCAUUAAUUGUGGCUGAUAAUUAAAAUAAGCCACGCUCUGAGGAAAUGAGGUGUAAUGCAUGUGGGUAAAGUGUUGUCCCAGAUUAGUCCCAGAGGAAAUGAGGUGUAAUGCAUGUGGGUAAAGUGUUGUCCCAGAGGAAAUGAGGUGUAAUGCAUGUGAGUAAAGUGUUGUCCCAGAGGAAAUGAGGUGUAAUGCAUGUGAGUAAAGUGUUGUCCCAGAGGAAAUGAGGUGUAAUGCAUGUGGGUAAAGUGUUGUCCCAGAGGAAAUGAGGUGUUAUGCAUGUGGGUAAAGUGUUGUCCCAGAAGAAAUGAGGUGUAAUGCAUGUGGGUAAAGUGUUGUCCCAGAGGAAAUGAGGUGUAAUGCAUGUGGGUAAAGUGUUGUCCCAGAGGAAAUGAGGUGUAAUGCAUGUGGGUAAAGUGUUGUCCCAGAGGAAAUGAGGUGUAAUGCAUGUGGGUAAAGUGUUGUUCCAGAGGAAAUGAGGUGUAAUGCAUGUGGGUAAAGUGUUGUCCCAGAGGAAAUGAGGUGUAAUGCAUGUGGGUAAAGUGUUGUCCCAGAGGAAAUGAGGUGUAAUGAAUAUGGGUAAAGUGUUGUCCCAGAUUAGUCUCUGCAUUCUUCACAGGCUAAUCUGGCUGUACACUAUAUUCACAUGCAUUAAGCCCCGUUUUCCAAGAGUGCGGCUCAAAUGCAUAGAAAGCAAAACAAAUUUUCUUCCAUUUUAAUGGCAAAUUUUGACCCUUUUCCUCCUCAUCCAAACUUUAUAUUUUGACCCAUAUUAAAAAAGAUCCACUUUGAAAAACUUUUUAUUCUUUCUAAUUUUAGCAAAACAAUUCUUUGCAUCAGUCCAUCAUGCUUUAAAAUCGUGGCCUGCAUUUAUUUUCAGCACGGCUAUCUAUGAAAGGUGAAAUAAUAAUCAUACUUUUCACAAAUGGAAAAUAAUCUUAUUAAAACCCUGUUGAGAUAUUCUACAUAUAAUUUCUCGCCUGAAUGGGUCCGACCCCAUUCCCCCAGCAAUGAGAAUAUGCCUUGGUUAGUUUUUGCCUUGUUCGUUUGCACUGAUUUUACAUUAUUGAUUGUUGUUAUGAUUUAGAUCUGUUGUUGCUUUCAUUGAGUUGUUAAAAUGUUCUCAAACUC